AUGUCUAAACAGCAGGCGAUAAGCCCAGGGAAGAACUUCUUCGCUGGGGGCUUUGGUGGUGUCUGCUUGGUCUUCGCUGGACAUCCACUUGAUACCAUAAAAGUAAUUAUUUAUUUAUCGCAAAGUAACUCAUUGCUCAUCUAGCUAGCUAGCUAAGUUAAUAACAAAGUAGCUAACUGCUAUUAUCUUGCCUCCUGUGCUUGCCUCGCGAGACUAACUUUCAUUGGUCUCUGCUGCUUGCAGCAUUCCUAGGAAAGUAAUCAAUACAAAUUUAUCUUUAGAGAUGUAUAAUUGGUUACUGGAUGUUAGUGUCGUUGUUCUUUAAAUUUGAUAGAACUCAUGACAUGGACUGUCAGUUGACACAAUGAGCGCUUCACUGAGCUGUAGUGUUGUGCAGUUUGCGAACGAUUCGUUAUUUUUGAGCGACUUUUUACUGACUCGAGAGUCAUGAUUCGUUUUUUCCGAGUGACUCCUUCAUUUUAGUCCUUCAUUCUACCUGCUGGCCCAACCUGGUGUCAGAGCAUUUCGUAUUAUUAUGUACUUAAAUCUGGAACCAACUGUUACGUUUCGUAUGGUAUGUAUUACUUUGUGGCUGUCCAUCACCCAUUUCGUAUGAUAUGUUGAGAAUUACAAUUCAUAUUAUAUGUUACGAAUUUGCAAAAUGCAUGAUAUUAGCUAGCUGGCUAACGUUAGCUAGGCUAGGGGUUACAGUUAAGUUUAGGAGGUAGGUUAAAGGGUUAGUGGAAGGGUUAGUUAACAUGCUAAGUAGUUGCAAAGUAGAUAAAAAAGUUGUUAGUACUGGAAAAGUUGCUAAUUAACUAAAAUGCUAAAGUUGUCCGUGAUUAAAUUUGAACUCGCAACCUUUGGGUUCACGUUAUACGCCCACACCCACCCACCCACCCACCCAACAAACAACCCUACUUUUGCUUUUGCCUUAAGUAACCAUCUGUUAUAUCAUACUAUACAGAACAACAAUAUAAACACAACAUGUAAAGUGUUGGCCACAUGUUUCAUGAGCUGAAAUAAAAGAUCCCAGAAAUGUCUCUAAAAUUUUGUUUAAAUCCCUAUUGGUGAGCAUUUCUCCUUUGCCAAGAUAAUCUGUCCACCUGACAGGUGUGGCAUGUCAACAAGCUUAUUAAACAGCAUGGUCAUUACACAGGUGCACCUUGUGCUGGGGACAAUAAAAAGCCACUCUAAAAUGUGCAGUUUUGUCACACAACACAAUGCCACAGAUGUCUCAAGUUUUCAGGGAGCAUGCAAUUGGCAUGCUGACUGCAGGAAUGUCCACCAGAGCUGUUGCCAGAGAAUUUAAUGUUAAUUUCUCUACCAUAAGCUGCCUCCAACGUAGUUUUAGAGAAUUUGGCAGUACGUCCAACCGGCCUCAAAACCGUAGACCACCUGUAACGACGCCAGCCCAGGACCUCCACAUCCGGCUUCUUCACCUGCGGAAUCGUCUGAGACCAGCCACCUGGACAGCUGAUGAAACUGAGGAGUAUUUCUGUCUGUAAUAAAGCCCUUUUGUGGGGAUAAACUCAUUCUGAUUGGCUGGGCCUUGCUCCCCAGUGGGUGGGCCUAUGCCCUCCCAGGUGCACCCUUGGUUGGGCCCCUGCCCAGCCAUGUGAAAUUCAUAGAUUAGGGCCUCAUUUAUUUAUUUCAAUUGACUGAUUUCCUUAUAUGAACUGUAACUCAGUAAAGUCGUUGAAGUUGUUGCAUGUUGUGUUUAUAUUUUUGUACAGUAUAAUUUCAACUUCCUGGAUUUACAUUUACUAUGUUACGUCUAGUCUAUGCGACCAGGCUGUCUGGCCGCAAUCAAUUCUACAGCAGGAUUAAUAAUUCUCUAGAGUCUAAAACAAUUGGGGGUGGGGGUUAUAAAAUGAAAUAUGGAAUUGUUUUAAGAUGGUCAUACCAUGGAUAAUUUAGCUAUUUGGUUUGGAAUUUUAGGACCCCUUUAGGUAUGAAAAAUUUAAAAAAUGAUUUGUUAAAUAUAGAAUUGAGCUUUUAGUACAAAAUCCAAUAGACACACAUUGAAUAACACGUUCAUAAAUGGCAAAAAAGACAGUCAAAAAAGAAAUCAUAAAGAAUAAGGUUUUGACGAGUCUGUCCUAUAUCUAGGAGAUAUAAGAAAGCUCAGGAAAUAUAUAUAUAUACAGUUGAAGUUGGAAGUUUACAUACACUUAGGUUGGAGUCAUUAAAACUCGUUUUUCAACCACUCCACACAUUUCUUGUUAACAAACUAUAGUUUUGGCAAGUCGGUUAGGACGUCUACUUUGUGCAUGACACAAGUAAUUUUUCCAACAAUUGUUUACAGACAGAUUAUUUCACUUAUAAUUCACUGUAUCACAAUUCCAGUGGGUCAGAAGUUUACAUACACUAAGUUGACUGUGCCUUUAAACAGCUUGGGAAAUUCCAGAAAAUGAUGUCAUGGCUUUAGAAGCUUCUGAUAGGCUAAUUGACAUCAUUUGAGUCAAUUGGAGGUGUACCUGUGGAUGUAUUUCAAGGCCUACCUUCAAACUCAGUACCUCUUUGCUUGACAUCAUCGGAAAAUCAAAAGAAAUCAGCCAAGACCUCAGAAAAAAAAUUGUAGACCUCCACAAGACUGGUUCAUCCUUGGGAGCAAUUUCCAAAUGCCUGAAGGUACCACGUUCAUCUGUACAAACAAUAGUACGCAAGUAUAAACACCAUGGGACCACGCAGCCGUCAUACCGCUCAGGAAGGAGACGCGUUCUGUCUCCUAGAGAUGAACGUACUUUGGUGCGAAAAGUGCAACUCAAUCCCAGAACAACAGCAAAGGACCUUGUGAAGAUGCUGGAGGAAACAGGUACAAAAGUAUCUAUAUCCACAGUAAAACAAGUCCUAUAUCGACAUAACCUGAAAGGCCGCUCAGCAAGGAAGAAGCCACUGCUCCAAAACUGCCAUAAAAAAGCCAGACUACGGUUUGCAACUGCACAUGGGGACAAAGAUCGUACUUUUUGGAGAAAUGUCCUCUGGUCUGAUGAAACAAAAAUAGAACUGUUUGGCCAUAAUGACCAUCGUUAUGUUUGGAGGAAAAAGGGGAAAGCUUGCAAGCCGAAGAACACCAUCCCAACCGUGAAGCACGGGGGUGGCAGCAUCAUGCUGUGGGGGUGCUUUGCUGCAGGAGGGACUGGUGCAUUUCACAAAAUAGAUAGCAUCAUGAGGAAGGACAAUUAUGUGGAUAUAUUGAAGCAACAUCUCAAGACAUCAGUCAGGAAGUUAAAUCUUGGUCGCAAAUGGGUCUUCCAAAUGGACAAUGACCCAAAGUGUACUUCCAAAGUUGUGGCAAAAUGGCUUAAGGACAACAAAGUCAAGGUAUUGGAGUGGCCAUCACAAAGCCCUGACCUCAAUCCUAUAGAACAUUUGUGGGCAGAACUGAAAAAGCGUGUGCGAGCAAGGAGGCCUACAAACCUGACUCAGUUACACCAGCUCUGUCAGGAGGAAUGGGCCAAAAUGCACCCAACUUAUUGUGGGAAGCUUGUGGAAGGCUACCCAAAACGUUUGACCCAAGUUAAACAAUUUAAAGGCAAUGCUACCAAAUACUAAUUGAGUGUAUGUUGACUCAAAUUAUGUAAAUUAGCCUAUCAGAAGCUUCUAAAGCCAUGACAUCAUUUUCUGGAAUUUCCCAAGCUGUUUAAAGGCACAGUCAACUUAGUGUAUGUAAACUUCUGACCCACUGGAAUUGUGAUACAGUGAAUUAUAAGUGAAAUAAUCUGUCUGUAAACAAUUGUUGGAAAAAUUACUUGUGUCAUGAACAAAGUAGAUGUCCUAAACGACUUUUCAAAACUAUACUUUGUUAACAAGGCAUUUGUGGAGUGGUUGAAAAAUGAGUUUUAAUGACUCCAACCUAAGUGUAUGUAAACUUCCGACUGUAUAUGUAUAUAUAUAUAUAUAUAUAUAUAUAUAUAUAUAUAUUUGCAAGAGAAAAAAAUACAUAUGGGGGAUUGGAAGUGAUGCAGACAAUUACAUUGAUGGAAGUUACAAUUUAUCUGCAAUAUUAAAGCUGAUCAAACAAAAACAGAGGUACCUCUGCUGCAGAGGAUUAGUUCAUUAGAGUUAACUUGCACCUCAGAAAUUGCAGCCCAUAUAAAUGCUUCCCAGAGUUCAAGUAACAGACACAUCUCAACAUCAACUGUUCAGAGGAGACUGCAUGAAUCAGGCCAUCAUGGUUGAAUUACUGCAAAGAAAACACUACUAAAGGACACCAAUAAGAAGAAGAGACUUUCUUGGGCCAAGAAACACGAGCAAUGGACAUUAGACCGGUGGAAAUCUGUCCUUUGGUCUGAUGAGUCCAAAUUUGUGCUGCAUCAGAUGACCUGGCCUCCACAAUUACCCGACCUCAACCCAAUUGAGAUGGUUUGGGAUGAGUUGGACCGCAGAGUGAAGGAAAAGCAGCCAACAAGUGCUCAGCAUAUGUGGGAACUCCUUCAAGACUGUUGGAAAAGCAUUUCUCAUGAAGCUGGUUGAGAGAAUGCCAAGAGUGUGCAAAGCUGUCAUCAAGGCAAAGGGUGGCUACUUUGAAGAAUCUCAAAUAUAAAAUAUAUUUUGAUUUGUUUAACACUUUUUUGGUUACUACAUGAUUCCAUAUGUGUUAUUUCAUAGUGUUGAUGUCUUCACUAUUAUUCUUGUCACGGUUUUGGCCGAGACUGCUCCUCCUCCUGGUUCGGGCAGGCUUCGGCGUUCGCCUUCCCCGGAGUACGAGCUGCCACCGUUGAAUUUUUCGUGGUGUGAUUGCUUUGGUCUGUCUUGUACACCUGUGUCUGUUUGUGUUCUGAUUACGUGUCCUAUAAGUUCCCUGUUUUGUAUUGGUUAGAUUGUGUGUUGUUGUCUGCCUGUAUUUCGGAGCUGCGUGUUGACGCUCUGUUUGUUUGUUUAAUGUUUACGCAUGGUUUACGUAUUCACUCGCCUCUGUUUGUUUCGAGGCUGUGUAUUGGAUUUUUUGCACUUUUGACUAGUAAAGUCUGUUGGACGAAGCCUCUGUGUCCUGCGCCUGACUCCUCCACCACAUCCACAUCGGUUCAUCUGACAAUUCUACAAUGUAGAAAAUAGUAAAUAUAAAGAAAAACCUUUGAAUGAGUAGAUGUCAACUUUUGACUGGUACUGUAUAUAUAUAAGAAUUGUUGUAUUAUUAUUUGUAAUUAUUAUUUACACAUUUAACCCUUUUUUGGGGGUAGGCACAAAACGACCUCCAUACUUCCAUUCAUUUUUUAAACCUGUACAGGUUACCUUCAGACGAGUCCCGGGACACUUAAGGGGGGAAUCAUAGAGCAAACUGGAGAACACCAUCAUGUUCGUGAGAAUCUCCUCUUUCCACAGUGGGGUCACAUUAGUUUGUAGCCCAAACGGGUCAGACCCGUCAAACUGUACCGACUUCAGACGGCUUAUGGGGAUGAUAGAGCAAAUAGGAGACCACCAUUGUGUUCGUGACAGUAUAAUUAGUUUUAGUCCAAACCGUACAGCCGUUUUCGUGAGAAGACCGAUUUUCAGGAUGUCUCAUGGUCUGACAAUCACAGCUGUAGCUCAGUCACCUUCCACCUGCUGAUAUGGAAGGCCGCCAUAGGCGGAUGCAGUAGAUUGAGACGCAGCCCAUGCAGAUAUCUCUAGCUUAACCUGACCGGAUUUCGAUGGGUAUUUUUUUAUUAAGUUACUUAUAUUCACGCACUGAUGCGUCAAUAGACUCUAGGGGGUUUUAAUAUGCGCUCCUCUGGCUCAGCGGCUCUGGAGACAUACUCUGACCAGCAACUGUCUAUCAUGUGCCCGAGGGAAAAUAGAUCAUGCUGCAUGAAUACAAUGAAUUGAUUAUUUAAUGUCAUGAUGGACAAAGCUUUGUAAAACCAAAACAUACACAGCCUCUGUUCAACAAACUCACUCAAGAACGAAUCGUUUGGGGGACAGCAGUUCGCGAACGAUAGUGUGCCUAACACUCUCACGGCAGUCAAGCAUUACAUUCCGCCGAGAGUCGCUUACAAUCUAGUCUGGUUGCGGCCACAACUAGACCUAGUUUCAAGAACUAAUCUUAUUUUUAUGCCUAGCAAUCAACAAAUGUAGGCUACAUUUUUUAAAGCACAAGUCUCAGUCACAAAUGUCAGCUCGAAUAAGCCCCCUAUUGAGCAGAAGCCAGAAAAAAGUUGCACUGAAAGCCUUUGAGAGCUUGCUGGUCCUCGUCAGCCUACCAAAGGAAGAUACUGCAGUGUGCCUGGCUGAAAGCACCCCACUGUGUCAGCUACUGGCUGAGCGGUUGUGUGAGUUCUACAGCCAGCUCCCGGCUACGCUGGAACCUGCAGACAUCCACAGUUUCCCCCAGACCCACUGGAGGUGAGCUUAGUGGCCCAGAGCAUGCAGGAGCCCUUACCGGUGAACGAUGUACUGAAAACUCAAUAUAGUCAUGAUUCUACAAGCCUCUCGUUCACGCAUUCACACAAGGGGCUUAUUGGAGCUGUCAUUUGUGACACUUGUAAAAGUGUGCUUUAAAAAACAAUGUACAUUUGGCAUACAAAUAAGAUUAUUUCUUGUUAAUUGAAACGGAUCUAGUUGUGGCCGCAACCUAUGGAACGCCAUUUGGGUCUUGGCGUGUCGAAAAAGAUACACGUCGGUUGGGCUUGUUGACCAAUCGCACAUGGAAUAUGAGCACGUUGUAUUCACUAACUGUAAGUCGCUCUGGAUAAGAGCGUCUGCUAAAUGAUUAAAAUGUAAAAAAUGUAAAUGUAAAUGUAAUGAAUAUGACUGCACGUCGCAUAGUUUGACACGUUCAUUGUUUUUUUGCGUAGUUACACAUAGAUUGCACUCACUAGUGUUUCAUGUGUCACAGUGAUUCACCAAUGCGUGUGCUGUGAUGCUGGUGGGGUUGUCUUGGGCGCGGACGCGCUUCGAGGCUCUGGGACAGUGCUGGUCAUGGGAGGAGCUGGCUAGCUGAUGGAUGCAAACAAUGUUCUUCCCCCAAAACAUAGCAAAACGACGGUCUGUGUCAGUAGCUAUAGUUAACUAACUAUCUAGCUAGCUAGGUGUCAUCAUCUAAAAUACCCCUAAUUUUAUAAAACAGUUCUUAUUUGAUUAAUGAUGGUCAGACCCACCUAUGUGAGGCUAGACACAAUAAGGAUAAGCCACAAUUUGCGGUUCGCCUUCAAAGUAAAAGUAUCUAAUUGAAAGUGAUCCAAAUGAAUACAAAUAGUGCCAUAAUUGAAUAGAUCAUGCUAUACGAGGUUGGAAUGUUAUAUAAAUCCAACAAAAGACAAUUUGUUAAUUUGAUUAAUCUGUUUCAAUCAGACUGUGGAUGUAUUAGACUUUAGAAUUGCAUUGGAAUCCUCUGUAGCUCAAUUGGUAGAGCAUGGCGCUUGUAACGCCAGGGUAGUGGGUUCGAUCCCCGGGACCACCCAUACAUAAAAAUGUAUGCACACAUGACUGUAAGUCGCUUUGGAUAAAAGCGUCUGCUAAAUGGCUUAUUAUUAUUAUUAUUGUGAAGGACAUGUGAACGAAAUGCUGGGCAGGCCAUUAUUUUGGCUACCAUGGCUAUGCCCCAUAGGAAGAUAAUGCCCCCAUCCACAGGGCACCAGUGGUUACUGAAUGGUUUGAUGAGCAUGAAAACAAUGUAAUCCAUAUACCAUAGCCGUCUCAGCCACCAGAUCUCAACCCAAUUGAUCACUUAUCUGAGAUUCUGGUGCGCCGCCUGAUUCUAGAGCGGCGCCUGAGACAGCGUUUCCCACCACCACCAUCUACAAAACACCAAAUGAUGGAAUUUCUCAUGGAAGAGUUGUGUCGCAUCCCUCCAAUAGAGUUCCAGACACUUGUAGAAUCUAUGCCAAGGUGCAUUGAAGCUGUUCUGGCUUGUGGUGACCCAACGCCCUAUUAAGAAACGUUAUGUUGGUUAUUUUGGCAGUUACCUGUAUAUGGCCAUUUCUGUCAUACUGCACUAUAUUAAGCCUAUGACAGUGGCCAGUCAUUACAGAUGUAUAUCAUCUGAGCCACUUAUAGGAAAUAAGAAAUAAAUGUUCCUCUAUACAGAAGUAAUAUCAUGUGUGUAGGCCUAUAUGGUGAGUGUGUUCAUAUCCUCCUCUCUCUUAGGUGCGUAUUCAGACCAUGCCUGUGCCCGGCCCUGGCGAGAGCCCCCUGUAUAGAGGCACCUUUGAUUGUUUUAAACAGACCCUUGCCAAAGAGGUGGGUAGUAGUAGCCUAUGGCUUUCUGGGUAGUAGUAGCCUAUGGCUUUCUGGGUAGUAGUAGCCUAUGGCUUUCUGGGUAGUAGUAGCCUAUGGCUUUCUAGGUAGUAGUAGCCUAUAGCUUUCUGGGUAGUAGUAGCCUAUGGCUUUCUGGGUAGUAGUAGCCUAUGGCUUUCUGGGUAGUAGUAGCCUAUGGCUUUCUGCUGUUGAAUGUAUUUGUUUUGUUCACCUCUCUUUGCUCUCUCUUUUUAUUCAUUCCUUCUCUCUCUCAUUUUCUCUAUUACAGGGGUUCAAAGGCCUGUAUAAAGGCAUGGCGGCCCCUAUCAUUGGAGUCACACCCAUGUUCGCUGUCUGCUUCUUUGGCUUUGGCCUGGGCAAGAAACUACAACAGAAAACCCCAGACCAAGUCCUUACGUAGGUGAAUGUUCCAUAGUAGAGUGUCUUCACCCAUUUUUAUGUUGAAAGAGUGUGCGCGGGCAUGUGUGUUGCGUGGGCGUAUGGUUGUGUUUGUUUAUGCGUAUGGUUGUGUGUGUGUAUGCAUAUGGUUGUGUGUGUGUAUGCGUAUGGUUGUGUGUGUGUAUGCGUAUGGUUGUGUGUGUGUAUGCGUAUGGUUGUGUGUGUGUAUGCGUAUGGUUGUGUGUGUGUAUGCGUAUGGUUGUGUGUGUGUAUGCGUAUGGUUGUGUGUGUGUAUGCGUAUGGUUGUGUGUGUGUGUUUGUGUGUUUGUGUUGUGCAUAACCCCAUCUGCUGUCCUUCUCAGGUAUCCACAGCUGUUUGCUGCCGGGAUGCUGUCAGGCGUGUUCACCACAGCCAUCAUGGCCCCUGGAGAACGCAUCAAGUGUCUCCUACAGGUCAGAAACACACUUAAAGUACACCACGCACAACUGGGCUUAGGUUAACAGGCUUAAGUUAACCUAGGCCUGUUAUCCUAAACCCAGUUAACGGAGAUGGUUCAGUGAACCCCUCUCAUGUGAUUCAAAACCUUGCCUGAGUCCUGAAGACUUGUGCUUGCUCCCUGAGUUAAUGCCUAGGCUUUAGCUCAGCAUGCUAACACAGUCUUGUGGCAUGCAGAAGUCCCGGGGUUUGAACCCAGUUGAUUAUGUAGCAUGUGAUGUGGAUGUGUGUAUAGAUCCAGGCUGCCAGAGGGGAGGUGAAGUAUGCUGGUCCCAUGGACUGUGUGAAGCAGCUGUACAAAGAGAGCGGGAUCAGGGGAAUCUACAGAGGAACUGCUCUCACCCUCAUGAGAGGUACUUCCUGACAGACUGAAUAUAUAUCCUAUACCCCUGUCUCUAAUAUCUAACUCUACUGACUGACUGACUGAAUAUACAGUAUAUCCUAUACCCCUGUCUCUAAUAUAUAACUUUACUGACUGACUGAAUAUAUAUCCUAUACCCCUGUCUCAAAUAUCUAACUCUACUGACUGACUAUCUGAAUAUAUAUCCUAUACCCCUGUCUUUAAUAUCUAACUCUACUGACUGACUGACUGAAUAUACACUACCCGUCAAAAGUUUGGACACACCUACUCAUUCAAGAGUUUUUCUUUAUUUUUACUAUUUUUUACAUUGUAGAAUAAUAGUGAAGACAUCAAAACUAUGAAAUAACACAUAUGGAAUCAUAUAGUAACCAAAAAAGUGUUAAACAAAUCAACAUACAUUUUAUAUUUGAGAUUCUUCAAAUAGCCACCCUUUGCCUUGAUAGGUAGUCACCUGGAAUGCAUUUCAACUAACAGGUGUGCCUUCUUAAAAGUUAAUUUGUGGAAUUUCAUUCCUUAAUGCGCUUGAGCCAAUUAGUUGUGUUGUGACAAGGUAGGGGGUGUUUACAGAGGAUAGCCCUAUUUGGUAAAAGACCAAGUCCAUAUUAUGGCAAGAACAGCUCAAAUAAGCAAAGAUAAAUGACAGUCCAUCAUUACUUUAAGACAUUAAGGUCAGUCAAUCCGGAACAUUUCUUUGAAAGUUUCUUCAAGUCCAGUCGCAAAAACCAUCAAGCGCUAUGAUGAAACUGGCUCUCAUGAGGACCGCCACAGGAAUGGAAGACCCAGAGUUACCUCUGCUGCAGAGGAUAAGUUCAUUAGAGUUAACAGCACCUCAGAAAUUGCAACCCAAAUAAAUGCUUGACAGAGUUCAAGUCACAGACACAUCUCAACAUCAACUGUUCAGAGGGGACUGUGUGAAUCAGGCCUUCAUGGUCGAAUUGCUGCAAAGAAACCACUACUAAAGGACACCAAUAAGAAGAAGAGACCUGCUUGGGCCAAGAAACACGAGCAAUGGACAUCCAAAUUGGAGAUUUUUGGUUCCAACCGCCGUGUCUUUGUGAGGCGCGGUGUGGGUGAACGGAUGAUCUCUGCAUGUGUAGUUCCCACCGUAAAGCAUGGAGGAAGAGGUGUUAUGGUGUGGGGGUGCUUUGCUGGUGAUUCAUUUAGAAUUCAAGGCAACUUAACCAGCAUGGCUACCACAGCAUUCUGCAGCGAUACGCCAUCCCAUCUGGUUUGGGCUUAGUGGGACUAUAAUUUGUUUUUCAACAGGACAAUGACCCAACACACCUCCAGGCUGUGUAAGGGCUAUUUUAACAAGAAAGAGAGUGAUGGAGUGCAGCAUCAGAUGACCUGGCCUCCACAAUCCCCUUACUCAACCCAAUUGAGAUGGUUUGGGAUGAGUCAAAUGGCAGAGUGAAGGAAAAGCAGCCAACAAGUGCUCAGCAUAUGUGGGAACUCCUUCAAGACUGUUGGAAAAGCAUUCCUCAUGAAGCUGGUUGAGAGAAUGUCAAAAGUGUGCAAAGCUGUCUACAAGGCAAAGGCUGGCUACUUUGAAGAAUCUAAAAUCUAAAAUAUAUAUUUCAUUUGUUUAACACUUCUUUGGUUACUACAUGAUUCCAUAUGUGUUAUUUUGUAGUUUUGAUGUCUUCACUAUUAUUCUACAAUGUAAAAAAUAGUAAAAAUAAAGAAAAACUCUUGAAUGAGUAGGUGUGUCCAAACUUUUGACGGGUAGUGUAUGUCUGUUUUGAAGUGUAUGCAAAUAGAUUAUACAAGUGGUUAGGCAUUUUCAACAUACAAAUAUUUCUUAAAAAGACUAGAAGAGAAGUAGUCAAUUUCUCCUCAACCAUGAAAGACUAUCAUGCAUGCUGUUGAUGUUAGUUCUGUGUGUGUGUAGAAAAUAGUAAAAAUAAAGAAAAACCCUUGAAUGAGUAGGUGUGUCCAAACUUUUGACUGGUAGUGUAUAUCCUAUACCCCUGUCUCUAAUAUCUAACUCUACUGACUGACUGACUGAAUAUAUAUCCUAUACCCCUGUCUCUAAUAUCUAACUCUACUGACUGACUGACUGACUGACUGACUGACUGAAUAUACAGUAUAUCCUAUACCCCUGUCUCUAAUAUACAGUGGGGGAAAAAAGUAUUUAGUCAGCCACCAAUUGUGCAAGUUCUCCCACUUAAAAAGAUGAGAGAGGCCUGUAAUUUUCAUCAUAGGUACACGUCAACUAUGACAGACAAAAUGAGAAUUUUUUUUCCAGAAAAUCACAUUGUAGGAUUUGUAAUGAAUUUAUUUGCAAAUUAUGGUGGAAAAUAAGUAUUUGGUCAAUAACAAACGUUUCUCAAUACUUUGUUAUAUACCCUUUGUUGGCAAUGACACAGGUUAAACGUUUUCUGUAAGUCUUCACAAGGUUUUCACACACUGUUGCUGGUAUUUUGGCCCAUUCCUCCAUGCAGAUCUCCUCUAGAGCAGUGAUGUUUUGGGGCUGUCGCUGGGCAACACGGACUUUCAACUCCCUCCAAAGAUUUUCUAUGGGGUUGAGAUCUGGAGACUGGCUAGGCCACUCCAGGACCUUGAAAUGCUUCUUACGAAGCCACUCCUUCGUUGCCCGGGCAGUGUGUUUGGGAUCAUUGUCAUGCUGAAAGACCCAGCCACGUUUCAUCUUCAAUGCCCUUGCUGAUGGAAGGAGGUUUUCACUCAAAAUCUCACGAUACAUGGCCCCAUUCAUUCUUUCCUUUACACGGAUCAGUCGUCCUGGUCCCUUUGCAGAAAAACAGCCCCAAAGCAUGAUGUUUCCACCCCCAUGCUUCACAGUAGGUAUGGUGUUCUUUGGAUGCAACUCAGCAUUCUUUGUCCUCCAAACACGACGAGUUGAGUUUUUACCAAAAAGUUAUAUUUUGGUUUCAUCUGACCAUAUGACAUUCUCCCAAUCCUCUUCUGGAUCAUCCAAAUGCACUCUAGCAAACUUCAGACGGGCCUGGACAUGUACUGGCUUAAGCAGGGGGACACGUCUGGCACUGCAAGAUUUGAGUCCCUGGCGGCGUAGUGUGUUACUGAUGGUAGGCUUUGUUAUUUUGGUCCCAGCUCUCUGCAGGUCAUUCACUAGGUCCCCCCGUGUGGUUCUGGGAUUUUUGCUCACCGUUCUUGUGAUCAUUUUGACCCCACGGGGUGAGAUCUUGCGUGGAGCCCCAGAUCGAGGGAGAUUAUCAGUGGUCUUGUAUGUCUUCCAUUUCCUAAUAAUUGCUCCCACAGUUGAUUUCUUCAAACCAAGCUGCUUACCUAUUGCAGAUUCAGUCUUCCCAGCCUGGUGCAGGUCUACAAUUUUGUUUCUGGUGUCCUUUGACAGCUCUUUGGUCUUGGCCAUAGUGGAGUUUGGAGUGUGACUGUUUGAGGUUGUGGACAGGUGUCUUUUAUACUGAUAACAAGUUCAAACAGGUGCCAUUAAUACAGGUAACGAGUGGAGGACAGAGGAGCCUCUUAAAGAAGAAGUUACAGGUCUGUGAGAGCCAGAAAUCUUGCUUGUUUGUAGGUGACCAAAUACUUAUUUUCCACCAUAAUUUGCUAAUAAAUUCAUUAAAAAUCCUACAAUGUGAUUUUCUGGAAUUUUUUUCCUCAAUUUGUCUGUCAUAGUUGACGUGUACCUAUGAUGAAAAUUACAGGCCUCUCUCAUCUUUUUAAGUGGGAGAACUUGCACAUUUGGUGGCUGACUAAAUACUUUUUUUCCCCACUGUAUAACUUUACUGACUGACUGAAUAUAUAUCCUAUACCCCUGUCUCUAAUAUCUAACUCUACUGACUGACUGAAUAUAUAUCAUAUACCCCUGUCUCUAAUAUCUAACUCUACUUGACUGACUGACUGAAUAUAUAUCAUAUACCCCUGUCUCUAAUAUCCAACUCUUUAUCUAAAAUCUAGAUAUUUUUGUUCAGUAGUGAUUGUGUUAUUAGACAACUGUGAGUUUGUGCCAGUGAUUCUGACAGUCUGACUUUGUUUCUCAGACGUGCCAGCCAGUGGGAUGUAUUUCAUGACCUAUGAAUGGUUGAAGCACCUCCUCACACCAGAGGGUAAGAGGUGAGUGUGUGUUUACUCUGUGUGUCUGUGUGCGCGUUUCUGCGUGUGUAUGCAAGGGUUGGGGUCAAUUUGACUUGAAGUCAGUCAUUUCAGGAAGUAAUCUGAAAUUCCAAUUCAAUAAUUGAAAAAAGGGCAUCUACAGUGCCUUUGGAAAGUAUUCACACCCCUUGACUUUUUCCACAUUUUGUGUUACAGCCUGAAUUUAGAUAUUCAACCCCUUUGUUACGUCAAGCCUAAAUAAGUUCAGGAGUAAAAAGGUGCUUAACAAGUCACAUAAUAUCUCAUCUCUGUACCCCACACAUACAAUUAUCUGUAAGGUCCCUCAGUCAAGCAGUGAAUUUCAAACACAGAUUCAACCACAAAGACCAGGGAGGUUUUCCAAUGCCUUGCGAAGAAGGGCACCUAUUGGUAGAUAUUAUUAUUUGUUAUUUUUUUAACUGACAUUGACUAUCUCUUUGAGCAUGGUGAAGUUAUUAAUUACACUUUGGAUGGUGUAUCAAUACACCCAGUCACUACAAAGAUACAGACGUCCUUCCUAACUCAGUUGCCGUAGAGGAAGGAAACUGCUCAGGGAUUUCGCCAUGAGGCCAAUGGUGACUUUAAAACAGUAACAGAGUUUAAUGGCUGUGAUUGGAGAAAACUGAGGAUGGAUCAACAACAUUGUAGUUACUCCACAAUACUAACCUAAUUGACAGAGUGAAAAGAAGGAAGGCUGUACAGAAUAAAAUAUAUUCCAAAACAUGCAUCCUGUUUGCAACAAGGCACUUAAGUAAUACUGAAAAUUGUGGCAAAGCAAUUAACUUUUUGUCCUGAAUGUUGCUGCUACCGUCUCUUAUGACCGAAAAGAGCUUCUGGACAUCAGAACAGCGAUUACUCACCUCGAACUGGACGGAGAUUUUUUCUUUAAUGAGUCCGACGCGAAGGAUAUACUGCUUCCCCCGAGACCAGGCACAAAUCCCUGUCAUUCGUGCGAAGAAAAGACGGAAAUACAGGGGGCGGAGGUUGGGGUGCCUUGUGAGAAUUUGUCGGCAAGUGGGUAAACCCACCCGUUUGUUUUUACACUGCUGCUACUCGCUGUUUAUUAUCUAUGCAUAGUCACUUUACCCCUACCUACAUGUACAAAUUACCUCGACUAACCUGUACCCCCGCACAUUGACUCGGUACCGGUACCCGCUGUAUAUAGCCUCGUUAUUGUUAUUUCAUUGUGUUACUUUUUAUUUUAUUUUUUACUUUAGUUUAUUUAGUAAAUAUUUUCUUAACUCUAUUUCUUGAACUGCAUUGUUGGUUAAGGGCUUGUAAGUAAGCAUUUCACGGUAAGGUAUACAGCUGUUGUAUUCGGCGCAUGUGACAAAUACAAUUUCAUUUGAUUUGAACCUAAUUUCUUUUUUCUUUCCGUUCCACUGUUCCAACCAGCAAAAUAAAGUUCUGAACCGGUUCAAUCCCCCCAAAAUAACCGGUUUAUAUUGUUCCUUUCUGUCAAUUUUUUAAACUGUGAAAUCAACAUUUUACAUUUAGCAAAUUAAAUUACUUCACCAAUCAGUGCGGAUAGAGCAGGCAAGGUAGUUGUUUACAUGUGUGAUGGACAGACAAGUGUAGCCUCUGGCACAAGAUGUGACUGACAUUUUAUGGGUGGGGAGAGCGCGAGAGAGGGUUGAGGAGCAGGCUUAAAGCGCUAGGCAUCUUGUUAUGACAUGCAUUAUCUGAAUUAGGUCCACAUAAUUAUAGCUAGGAGGAGCGGCUUCUAUGAAGGAACUUUGAAUGUCCUUUCAGCUAGCUAGCUAACAAGCUUGAGCUAGCAAGCUAUCAAGCUUGUGUGUGCAGAGCGGCACCAGAAUUAAAAACACGUAUUACCUCUUUGUAGUUAAUAAAUCCAAUUUGAAAUGUGAUACCUAGGCCUAUAGUAUCCUUAACUAGCAUUGAAAAAGUUAAUCCAUUCUUCUCUAGCUAAUAAAAAAUCUCUCUCCCUAUCUUCUCACGCUUCUAACGUCAGUACAGUAGCCUAUGCUUCAGAGGGGCAGGUAGCCUAAACACGCACACACAAUGGCAAAGAUUUUCGCUUUCAGGCAGACGCUGGAAUCCGUUUAUGAGUCAGGGCUUUGCAUAGGCGCUUUGUGGCAUUUUUUUUUGUGGGACUCGAAAAAAUAAUCUGGAACGUUAAAUAACAUUGUUAACCGGUUUCCAUGCUUUUAAAAUAACGGUUCUGUUCCGGAACAGUAUGGAUCACUUUCGUUCACGGGUUCCGUUUCUGUUCCUUGAAAAUGUUUGUUAUUUUCUGGUUUUCGGUUCUGUUCCCUGAACCGGUUCCAACCCCUGGUCCUGAAUACAAGUUGUUAUGUUUGAGACAAAUCCAAUACAACACAUUACUGAGUACCACUCUCCAUAUUUUCAAGCAUAGAGGUGGCUGCAUCAUGUUAUGGGUAUGCUUGUAAUCCUUAAGGACUGGGGAGUUUUUCAGGAUUAAAAAUAAACUAAAUGGAGCUAAGCACAGGCAAAAUCCUAGAGGAAAACCUGGUUCAGUCUGCUUUCCACCAGACACUGAUGAAUUCACCUUUCAGCAGGACAAUACCCUCAAUUGAUUGGACAUGCUUUGGAAAGGCACACACCUGUCUAUAUAAGGUCCCACAGUUGACCGUGCAUGUCAGAGCAAAAACCAAGCAAUGAGGUCGAAGGAAUUUGUCCGUAGAGCUCCGAGACAGGAUUGUGUCAAGGCACAGAUCUGGGGAAGGGUACCAAACAAAUUCUGCAGCAUUGAAGAUCCCCAAGAACACAGUGGCCUCCAUCAUUAGACCGCUGCGCCACUCGGGAGGCCCAGGCCUCCUUCAUUCUUAAAUGGAAGAAGUUUGGAACCACCAAGACUGUUGCUAGAGCUGGCCACCCAGCUGUAUUUGUAUUCUACCCCCUUUUCUCCCCAAUUUUUGUGAUAUCCAAUUGCGAUCCAAUCACAAACUUGUUUCAUCGCUGCAACUCCCCAAUGGGCUCUGGAGAGGCGAAGGUCGAGUCAUGCGUCCUCCGAAACAUGACCUGCCAAACCGUGCUUCUUAACACCUGCUCGCUUAACCCGGAAGCACCAAUGUGACGGAGGAAACACCGUUCAACUGAUGACCGAAGUCAGCCUGCAGGCGCCCGGCCUGCCACAAGGAAUCGCUAGAGCACGACAAGCCAAGUAAAGCCCCCCCGGCCAAACCCUCCCCUAACCCGGACGACACUGGGCCAAUUGUGCGGCCGGUUGUGACAACCUGGGAUCGAACCUGGGUCUGUAGUGACGCCUCAAGCAGUGCGAUGCAGUGCCUUAGACCGCUGCGCCACUCGGGAGGCCCAGGCCUCCAUCAUUUUUAAAUGGAAGAAGUUUGGAUCCACCAAGACACUUCCUAGAGCUAGCUACCCAGCCAAAAUGAGCAAUCUGGGGAGAAGGGCAUUGGUCAGGGAGGUGACCAAGAACCCGAUGGUCACUCUAACAGAGCUCCAGAGUUCCUCUGUGGAGAUGGGAGAACCUUCCAGAAGGACAACCAUCUCUGCAGCACUCCACCAAUCAGGCCUUUAUGGUAGUGUGGUCAGACGGAAACCACUCCUCAGUAAAAGGCACAUGACAGCCCGUUUUGAGGUCUGAUGAAACCAAGAUUGAACUCUUUGGCCUGAAUGCCAAGCGUCACGUCUGGAGGAAACCAGGCAUCGCCCAUCACCUGGCUAAUACCAUCCCUACGGUGAAGCAUGACCCCAACCCUGGUGUAUGGAAAUUAAACAAUGAUCAUUUGUGUAUCUUUGUCCUGUUUUCAUGUUUUGUGUAUCACUGUAUUAUUAGGUGUUUGAACUAGUGUGAUUGUUUCAGUAUGUCUAACUUUUUCAUCUCAAGGAAUGAAUGUGUAUUGUUUGUAAUUGAUUGGUUAUUCCACAGCCCAAAUGAGCUGAGUGUUCCUAGUGUUCUCUUCGCUGGAGGGAUGGCAGGAAUCUUCAACUGGGCAGUGGCCAUUCCACUUGAUGUGCUGAAGUCUCGCUUCCAGACAGGUGUGACUGAUGUAGCCCUGUUUUGGGGAUGUAAAUGCUGUAUAAUGUGUAUGUCUUACAGGGUUAAGGUCAAUUCCAUUUCAAUUCAGUCAAUUCAGGAUGUAAACUGACAUUUCAGUGUACUUCCUGAAUUGACAGAAUUAAAAUUAAAAUAACCCCAACACUGAUGCCUUGUGUUGUCUUAGUUGUAAGUGUAGUAUACAGUAUAUAGCUUACCAACCAAAGUGUCUGGUUUAGAGCAGCCAUUCUUAAAGAAUAGGUCACAGCCCAAAGUGGGUCGCGGAUAUGUUAAUGUACUCCUGAGUGGCGCAGUGGUCUAAGGCACUGCAUCGCAGUGCUAACUGUGCCACUAGAGAUCCUGGUUCGAAUCCAGGCUCUGUCGCCGCCGGCCGCGACCGGGAGACUCAUGGGCGGCGCACAAUUGGCCCAGCAUCGUCCAGGGUAGGGGAGGGAAUGGCCGGCAGGGAUGUAGCUCAGUUGAUAGGGUUGUGGGUUCGAUUCCCACGGGGGCCAGUAUAAAAAAAAAAUGUAUUCACUAACUGUAAGUCGCUCUGGAUAAGAGCGUCUGCUAAAUGACUAAAAUGUACAUGUAAAAUGUUAAUGGUGGGUGUGUACAGUGCAUUCGGAAAGUAUUCAGACCCCUUCCCUUUUUCCACAUUUUGUUACGUUACAGACAUAUUCUAAAAUGGAUUAAAUACAUUUAUUUCCUCAUCAAUCUACACACUACCCCAUAAUGACAAAGCAAAAACAGUUUUUUUUGAAAGUUUUGCAAAUUUAUUAAAAAUAAAAAACAUAAAUACCUUAUUUACAUAAGUAUUCAGACCCUUGAUCAUCCUUGAGAUGGUUCUACAACUAGACUGGAGUCCACCUGUGGUAAAUUCAAUUGAUUGGACAUGAUUUGGAAAGGCACACACCUGUCUAUAUAAGGUUGACAGUGCAUGUCAGAGCAAAAACCAAGCCAUGAGGUCGAAGGAAUUGUCCGUAGAACUCCGAGACAGUAUUGUGUCUAGGCACAGAUCUUGGGAAGUGUACCAAAAAAUGUCUGCAGCAUUGAAGGUUCCCAAGAACACAGCGGCCUCCAUCAUUCAUAGAUGGAAGAAGUUUGGAACCACCAAGACUCUUCCUAGAGCUGGCUGCCCAGCCAAACUGAGCAAUCGGGGGAGAAGGGCCUUGGUCAGGGAGGAUACCAAGAGCCCGAUGGUCACUCUGACAGAGCUCCAGAGUUCCUCUGUGGAGAUGGGAGAACCUUCCAGAAGGACAACCAUCUCUGCAGCACUCCACCAAUCAGGCCUUUAUGGUAGUGGCCAGACGGAAGCCACUCCUCAGUAAAAGGCACAUGACAGCCCGCUUGGAGUUUGCCAAAAGGCACCUAAAGGACUCUCAGACCAUGAGAAACAAGAUUCUCUGCUCUGAUGAAACCAAGAUUGAACUCUUUGGCCUGAAUGCCAAGCGUCACGUCUGGAGGAAACCUGGCACCAUCCCUACGAUAAAUGUGCAAACAUUUCUAAAAAUCUGUUUUUGCUUUGUCAUUAUGGGAUAUUGUGUGUACCCUAAUGGUUUCUCUCUCCUACCAGCCCCUGAAGGGAAGUGCCCUAAUGGUUUCUCACUCCUCCCAGCCCCUGAGGGGAAGUACCCUAAUGGUUUCUCUCUCCUCCCAGCCCCUGAAGGGAAGUACCCUAAUGGUUUCAGGGACGUUCUACGAGAGCUGCUGAGAGAGGAGGGCAUGGCCUCUCUGUACAAAGGCUUUACCGCUGUCAUGCUCAGAGCUUUCCCUGCCAAUGCAGUGAGUACAAACACUCUACUCACAUACAGCACAUACAGCCUGUUAACUCUUGUUACAGGUUUUGUUUUUUCCAUUUGUGUUUUGAGGUUGGACUUUAGCACGUAUAGCUCGUUAGCACGUAGGGCGCACCGAUUUGUCAGCUCGUUAGUCAGUAUGUAUUACACCUGUGCUGGUUUGUCAUCUCGUUAGUGGGACGCUAUUUCACCUGGGCUGGCCCCAUGCUCCAGUGGUCUUGAUAGAUGCGGAGGGUAAACAGCUUUAGUUGGCUCUCCCUAUUUUGAUUUCUAGACAAACAAUCCUUUAUCUGAUCCUUUCUGUUUUCAUUUUGCUCAACUUUUUGGUUUGCUUCCUGUGUUUAAAUUUGGUGUGGGUUUUUCUUUUGUUUGCCUCUUCUUGGGCAAAUUUAGUGGGCAUUCAUGGUGGGUGUCUUUUAGGUUCCAGUUGUUGUUGCUACUCAACUUUCAGUGGACACCCUCAUGAGUGUCUUUAAGAACCCCUCCUAAAACCCCACCUGUUUCGUUUUGGUUGUUGUCAGUGACUCUUUAUUAGUUCCCCUUCUGAUUGAGCGACAGUGUUUGGUUUUCUUGCUGAGGAACGUAACAAAAAGGGGGCUCAUCCGGGAUUUUGUUUCCCAUGAGUAUGGUAGUCGCUCUACAUUUUACAUUUUAGCAGACGCUCUUAUCCAGAGUGACUUACAGUUAGUGAGUGCAUACAUUUUCAUACUGGCCCCCCGUGGGAAACGAACCCACAACCCUGGCGUUGCAAGCGCCAUGCUCUACCAACUGAGCUACAGGGGACUAGUCACCUACUCUGAAGCUCUGCUGUGCCCAGAUAUUUGAGUGUUCAAAAUACACUUUUGUGGUAGAAUUCCUGUCACUGACAUCCACCUUGAGGGGUUAUAAGAUUGGGGAAUCAUUUUGAAAGUUGCAUAAACACACAGGCUAAUAAAAUAAAGCCAUGGACUUUAAGUUGGAAGCAUUUGUGGAAAACCCUACAUAGGAGAUGCUAGAUAAAUGUACAAAGGCGAAUCUGCUUGUCAUUGCGAAGCAUUAUGACAUCAAGGUGGCAUCUGGCGAUCCAAAAGCAGUAGUCAAAGAGUUGAUCGGUACUGCUUUGGUGGAGGAUGAAAUCCUUCCGGAGAGGGAGGUUGAUGAAAAGGGUGCUACGUGUAGUGGGGUGAGUCCCAUAGACGUGCAACUGAGGGAGAUAGAACUAAUGGCAAAGUUAGAGUUGGAGCUCAGGGAAAGACAAGAUGAGCGUGCAGCCAGACUAGAACAAGAACAACAUGCGUAUGCCAUUCGAUUAAAAGAGAUGGAGCUGGGAGCACUCCGAAUCCAGUCAGGCCAUCCUGCACCUCAACAGAGUUUGAUCUUGGUCGGAACAGCCGGCGUGUACCGCCUUUCAAGGAAAAGGAGGUGGAUGUAUAUUUUACUCUGUUUGAGCGGAAUGCCACAUUCCUAAAAUGGCUAUGACAUAUUUGGUCACUGCUCCUCCAAAGUGUUCUUGUGGGAAAAGCUUGUUGUGGAAAUUCUACACAUGGGACACUCAAAGUCAAUCUUAAAUGAAGUAUUGUUUAUUAACAGCAUGCUGUAGAGGUCACAGUCAAACUUAGAUGCAUAAAGUACCGGUCUGAAGUGAGCUCCCCCGGGGCAGUCCCGUUAGUUCUCUUACAGUGAGGGAAAAAAGUAUUUGAUCCCCUGCUGAUUUUGUACGUUUGCCCACUGACAAAGAAAUGAUCAGUCUAUAAUUUUAAUGGUAGGUUUAUUUGAACAGUGAGAGACAGAAUAACAACAACAAAAUCCAGAAAAACGCAUGUCAAAAAUGUUAUAAAUUGAUUAGCAUUUUAAUGAGGGAAAUAAGUAUUUGACCCCCUCUCAAUCAGAAAGAUUUCUGGCUCCCAGGUGUCUUUUAUAUAGGUAACGAGCUGAGAUUAGGAGCACACUCUUAAAGGAGUGCUUUUAAUCUCAGUUUGUUACCUGUAUAAAAGACACCUGUCCACAGAAGCAAUCAAUCAAUCAGAUUCCAAACACUCCACCAUGGCCAAGAGCUCUCCAAGGAUGUCAGGGACAAGACCUACACAAGGCUGGAAUGGGCUACAAGACCAUCGCCAAGCAGCUUGGUGAGAAGGUGACAACAGUUGGUGUGAUUAUUCGCAAAUGGAAGAAACACAAAAUAACUGUCAAUCUCCCUCGGCCUGGGGCUCCAUGCAAGAUCUCACCUCGUGGAGUUGCAAUGAUCAUGAGAACGGUGAGGAAUCAGCCCAGAACUACACGGGAGGAUCUUGUCAAUGAUCUCAAGGCAGCUGGGACCAUAGUCACCAAGAAAACAAUUGGUAACACAUUACGCCAUGAAGGACUGAAAUCCUGCAGCGUCGCAAGGUCCCCCUGCUCAAGAAAGCACAUAUACAUGCCCGUCUGAAGUUUGCCAAUGAACAUCUGAAUGAUUCAGAGGAGAACUGGGUGAAAGUGUUGUGGUCAGAUGAGACCAAAAUGGAGCUCUUUGGCAUCAACUCAACUCGCCGUGUUUGGAGGAGGAGGAAUGCUGCCUAUGACCCCAAGAACACCAUCCCCACCAUCAAACAUGGAGGUGGAAACAUUAUGCUUUGGGGGUGUUUUUCUGCUAAGGGGACAGGACAACUUCACCGCAUCAAAGGGACGAUGGACAGGGCCAUGUACCAUCAUAUCUUGGGUGAGAACCUUCUUCCCUCAGCCAGGACAUUGAAAAUGGGUCGUGGAUGGGUAUUCCAGCAUGACAAUGACCCAAAACACACGACCAAGGCAACAAAGGAGUGGCUCAAGAAGAAGCACAUGAAGGUCCUGGAGUGGCCUAGCUAGUCUCCAGACCUUAAUCCCAUAGAAAAUCUGUGGAGGGAGCUGAAGGUUCGAGUUGCCAAACGUCAGCCUCAAAACUUUAAUGACUUGGAGAAGAUCUGCAAAGAGGAGUGGGACAAAAUCCCUCCUGAGAUGUGUGCAAACCUGGUGGCCAACUACAAGAAACGUCUGACCUCUGUGAUUGCCAACAAGGGUUUUGCCACCAAGUACUAAGUCAUGUUUUGCAGAGGGGUCAAAUACUUAUUUCCCUCACUGUAUAUACUUACACAGACAAGUUAUAUUUGCAUGAUUUAGCUUAUUCAUCAUUCAUCAUUAAUUCAUAAUUAACGUUUGGUCCAUUCAUGUGACAGACCAAUACCUCACAAGGCUUCUUCUCUCCAAGCUGAGACCUUGAAACUGAGAUAUCCUUUCGUUCUCAAAACAAGGUUCUGGGCGUACUGCCAAAUUGCACAUAUUGAUAGUGAGGAUUUGUUCAAUCAGUCACUUGCAUGAACACAGAAAUUGGUUAUUAGAAAAGCACAAACAUAAUAUUUUCCAUCACAUUCCCUCCUCUUAUCACUCAAUCUGUCAUAAUUAUCAUUAAAUUUUAUUCAUUUAGUUAUUACUUAAACUUAAACCACUGACACUUUCAUACCCUUCAUUCUGGGUUGUAAACAAAAUUAACACAUAAAACCAGACACUUCAUCCUUUCAAACCCUUCAUUCUGGGUUGUACAAUCCAACUUGUAAAACCAUUGCAGUAGAAUGUUUUAACUUGAGACCUUCGCUUCAUUCAGACACGCACCUCUUUCACACUCACACAACUCUCACAUCCACAUUCACUUGGGACUAUUAUUUUCAUAUCUUCCCACACACACACACUAGUGUUCCAUUCACACAUACAAUUUCCCUAUAUAACAUUAUAAAUCAACUUAGGUAUUUACAUCCACACCACCCCAUGUGCAUCUUCAACAAUUCUAAAUGCCUACAAUAACAAUAACACUUCGUGCUAUUAUCAGUGGUUCUCAGACCACAUAGACUUUUCUAUCGUUACAUCCUAUGCACCAUAUGUAUCUUCAACGGUUCUCUUGCCACUACUUCCUUUACAUAUAAAACAACACGUUGUGCUAUUACUAAUAGUCCCAGACUACGAUGGGCGGUGGUGGAUGGAACCCCAGUGGUCCUCUGUAGCUCAGCUGGUAGAGCACGGCGCUUGUAACGCCAAGGUAGUGGGUUCGAUCCCCGGGACCACCCAUACACAAAAAAAAUGUAUGCACGCAUGACUGUAAGUCGCUUUGGAUAAAAGCGUCUGCGAAAUGGCAUAUUAUUAUAUUAUAGAUAACGUUAUAGAUCGAAAAACUCAGCUCAUAGAACUGGUUGGGGAAUUCAUUCAGACACACACCUCUUUCACACUCACACAACUCUCACAUCCACAUUCACUUAGUACUGUUCCCAAACACACUCAGUGAUCUCCCUUAUUACCCCACGUGCAUCUUCAACGAUUCUCUUGUCGUUACUUCAUAUACACCAUAUGUAUCUUUCACAUACAUAUAUAAUAACACCACAUGCUAUUAGUAGUGGCUGCAGACCACGUAGAUCAUUAUCUUAUAAAUGCCUACAGACAGCUGUCAGCGGGGCUUUCCAUGGUACCGUUACGCCCUCGCUCUAGUCUUCUCAAAAGACUAGUGAAUAGCCUUCUCCUAUAAGACUAUGGGUACCUUUUUAUGCAUUACCCGCCUUAAUUGUAUUGGUUUUAUCUUUUAUUUGUUAAUACAAAUUCAUUUAAAUUUCUUACUGAAUUCAUUUUCCAUCCCUCAAUUGUUCGCAGAUGAUGUGUCUCCACCUGGGCAGCUCACAGUAAGGGUCUGGUCUGGGCGGGUCCUCAUCGUCUUUUGGUCAGACAGGAAUUUCCCUCAUGCUUCAUAAAAUGCGCCACCAGUUUUCCUCGCAGACCCCCACUGGAAAGCUCUGCAGGCAGAAUCAAUCAUCCUGUUCAUUGACGCCAAAUUGUUGUGGAAAUUCUACACAUGGGACACUCUAAGUCAAUCUUAAAUGAAUUAAUGUUUAUUAACACAAGCUCAGAAUGUGUACGCCGCUUUAUAUCUUGGCCAGAGUUCAGAUUAUGAUACUGUUAACGCAGCUAUCCUUAGGGUUUACGAGUUGGUCCCAGAGGCAUACAGACAACAGUUCGAGCAACAGUAUUUGGUUUUCUUGCUGGUGAACGUAACACUCUCAACACACACUGGUCAGUCAGAAAUGGUACUCAUACAUGCUAUGCCCACCAUACUCAUCACUUAGCCUCAUACUACCCCAUAAUUACAGCACAUCAUACACUGAAUAUACAUUAUGUUUUCGUGCACAAAGCAUUGAUACCUGCACUACCUGCACUUUACAUGCAUUAUACACUCAUCUCUUGCCUGUAAAAUGUUACACAUGAUCAUUACAAUACAAUUAAUGUUGAUCUCUCUCCUCUUAGGCCUGUUUCCUUGGGUUUGAAAUGGCCAUGAAGUUCCUGAACUGGGCAGCACCCGGCCUGUGA